AUGAGGGUGCAGUUCCUCCUGUUGUUUGUCUGCCUAUGCCCUGCUCUAUUUGCCUUUGUCGCAAGUGUUCCCCAUGUCGAUCGUCGCGGAUAUGGCCCUCUGCUAGCUAGAGACUCUGAGAGUAACGAUGCGUCCAAUGCGACAAUCCCAACUGCGAAUGCGACGAGCAAUGCGACGGCGACAGAGAGCUCCAACUCGACCGCAGCCUCUGCCACUCCAGUGGCCACGGUGAACGCCUCGGAACCGGUUGAAGACAAUGGCGCCAAUUCAACCGCACCCGGAGAGCUCCCGAUCCAACCCUCCGUAACACCCGCUCUCGGAGUCGGCGGGUUUAUCCUGCUAGUCACUGGCAGUGUUCUGGCAUUGAUUGGAGUGCGGAAUCUAUGGAUCCAAGUCUUCUUAUCCUCCGCUUUCCUGACAAGUCUUGGAGUCACGGUGCUCAUCGUCUACGUCAUGAGUCCGCCAGUCCGAGUUGCAAUACAAGGCGCGUACCUCGUAGCGAUCUUCUUCACGGGAGUGACAUUCGGCGCACUCGCCAUAGUCUUCAAAGAACUGGCUGAAGGUCUCGGCUGUCUGCUAGGCGGUUUCUGCACGAGCAUGUGGCUGCUUUCCACGCGAUCCGGUGGACUGAUCAAAGCAACGGACGCGAAAACUGGAUUCAUCGGUGCGAUCUCUGUUGCAUUCUACGCUGUUUCGUUCAGUCACUAUACCCGGCCGUACGGGUUAAUUGUUUCGACAUCCAUUGCUGGUGGUACGGUCGUUUCUUUGGGGAUUGACUGCUACAGUGAAGCUGGAUUGAAAGAAUUUUGGCUUUACCUUUGGGCGUUGAACGAUGACAUCUUUCCCCUCGGAACGGAUACGUACCCGGUUACUCGAUACAUCAAGGUUGAGCUCGCGGCCACAGUCAUUGUAGCCAUUAUGGGCGUGAUUUCGCAACUGCGCCUAUGGAAGGUCGUGCGUGAGCGAAGAGCGCGCGAAGACGAAAAGCGGCAGGAAGAACAGAGACAGAAAGACGAAGCCGAAGCAGAGGUCGGGAAACGCUUGGAAGAGGAUAAUCUGAAAGAGCGCAUGGAAUGGGAGGCUAAAUACGGCGACCACGAGCCCGGAGCGUCUGACAGCUCGGCGAGCAUUCCUGAACUAGCAGCGAGCCACACGGAUGAGACAGACGGCCAGGACAAAGAGAAGGAUGAUGCAGAGAAAAAGAGUAUCGCGGACUCUGCAGUUUCUUAUCGCUGCUCUGACUGCAGGGCACGCGGGAACGAUGAUUCUUCGGAUACCAACAACACCGGGAGUGAAACCCAGCGUCAGGAUACAGACACAGACUCGGCGGAAAAGGAAACCUGCACUCCAAGUGAAGACGUACAGGGGGAUGGUAGCUACCCCAAAGCUCUGCGCGGUGUGAUAUUGGAUGACAAGAGCUCGGAUAUGACAGCGAUUGUCGGGUCCGAGACAGCCUCCGUCUACUCGAAGCGAUUAUCCGUGCUUUCACGCAAGGCCUCUGCCAAGAGCGCGGCAAAGUCCGUCAAAAGUGCCGCAAAGCCUGUUUCGGAUUUCCAAGAGGCUUUGGUAGCUCGCGCUGACGAUGUGGAUUCUACAUUUGGCGUUGUGGACGAUGCGGAAUCUGAUUGUCACACAGUUGCUGCGCACAGCCAGUACCAGGCCAUGUUGGACGAGGAGCUACCUGCAACGGCAGACGAUCUCGCUGCUACGGACGCGUCGCCAGUGAAAAGAGAAGCAGGUGCACAGGUGCACACCCAGAGCAAGUCAGUGGCAGAGAAAGAAGACAUACCGCAGCGUACAGAAAGCUCUACCGACAAUGCUCUCGAAAAUGAUCAGAUCCAGAAACCGACUAAGGCUAUCACGUCAAAGCCGGCCAACAUCAAGGACAGCAGGGUUGACUCUGCGGAAGCAUGUUGGCAACCAGAUGAAACCAAGAAGCAGUCGACCGAGACUCAAGCUGAAGUGCCAAAAGACUCCGCUGGGCUUCAGAGCUCAGGAGAGCAAGUGCAGGCUGAGCAUCAGCCGGGCGUCAUUACAAACGUCGCACGAUCACAGAACGAGGCUAUUAGCCAACACGACGAGGAUGAUCGACCAGAGGAAAAGCCUUCCAAAGGCAAAGAUGACCCUGAAACACAGGGUGAAACUGGGAACGCUCAACCGGAUAAGCCAGACCAAACCGGUCAGGCUGACAUCAAGGGCGAGCCCAGGGAGGACUCCACAACUCCUGAAAAACCCGCCGAAGAAGACAAUAAUUCGACCGGAUUAUUGAAGGAGGACCUUUCGAAGGAGAAAGCCCCGAACAAAGAUGAACCCAAGCGUCUGAACGCAGAGACGGUGGAACAAAUCCCAAAACACACAUCAAGGGUCGUCCAAGCGUACCGCAUGAACGAAUGGGCCAAACAUCUAGCGAAUGCUGAUAUCCCCGAACCAGAACCUAUCCAGUUCUUUGAAGACCGACAGCCAGACCCGGCUGAGGAAGAGGCCGCGCCGGUCAAUGUGACGGAAUUGUUACAAACGCCACUGAACGCGCAGCCGCCCCCAGCUGUUGAGUCUCGGAAGGACACAAACGAAGUCCACCACAAACACGAUUCUCGAACAGGUUCGCUAAAAAAGAAGAGAAGAUCAAAGUCUCCCAGACGGCUUUCUGGCCAGUCAUUUGGUUCAGCGCAUGUCUCCCAUAAUUUGGCCCCUGCGGUGCAACCACAAAUAGGUAACAUUGCCACUCCAUCUUCAGUCACGCUCUUGCCUGGUGAACAAGGCCGCGAUGACAGCGAGAAGGCGAAAUCACGCUGGAAGGGACCGGCACCUCUCAUCGCCGUGCGGGAGGACAUGAUGCGAAGCCGCCUGUCGUCUCUUUCCCUCCCAACCGACCCCUAUGCGCGCCACAGCACUGGGCAAUCACCCACGGACUUCUCAUCGCGGUAUCCGUCUGGUUCGACCUUUGCGAUACCCGAGGAGGACGACGACGACAUCCCUCUGUCUCAGCGCCGGACAAUGCUCCACCAACAGGCAUCCCCGGUUUCACCGACGAACGCCGCGCCGUCCAGAUGGAACAAUCCCGGCGUGCCAUCGAGGGCGAACUCCCCAGCUGUCCUGGCAGCGUGGCGGGAGUCUGUCCGGGAUGACCUUGGGAGACGGGACCCGCUGAAACUUGCCCAGUCGACGACCCCAGGCAUCGGCGCCUCGCCGUACAGCCAGCUGGGCCAACCCAACUCUCCAGCUAGCCUUGGGGAUAAGAUCGCUGAAGGGAUGCAGAGAGGCGACAUGAGCGACUUGCAUCGGGAGGCCCUGCGGCGGAUGCAAGCCAAAGCCAAUCAAAGCGUCAAUCGGCAGAUAUGA